AUGGCAAAGGUGAGCAUAGACCCUGUUUAUCUAACAUUCCGAAAUGAUGAUGCAAGCAUGGCUCCAUCGUGCCUUAUUGACGGAGAUCCAACCACCUUUAUUCUAACAACCGGUGGUUUUCCUCAAGAUAUUAUAUUUUCCGUCGGCUCUGUGGCCUCGGCAAACAUAUCCGGUGUUGCACUUACGCUGCACGAUGCCAAAGAUGUGUUGGUGGAACGUUGCACUUCCGCUCUUCCCACUAACUUUGAUGUUAUCUCGAAGUUGUCGUUGCCGCGCACGGGAGGCAAUGAAAAGCAGAGGGAGCGAAUAACUGUUGACCCAACAGGUGACGGGAAAGCCGUACGAUAUCUGCGUUUGCGCAUCCUGUCAGGUUACAACCAGUUUGUGGGAAUAUUUGAAGUAGAAGUAGAGGGAGAAGAGUCGCAGCAGCGUAUAGCCGUCCUAGAGUCCAAUCCUGAAGUGGUGAUGUAA